UUGAAUUAGGGUUUUCUGGACAUUAUCAGUAAAUUAACUCCUUUCAAAUGACACAAAUUCUUUGAUGAGAGAGGAGAGAGAAGACCAAAGAAAUUCCUGAAAUCAUUUCUCUCAUCCGAAAAGGCUGCUGUUCCCAAAGCCGAUCUCCUCCCAUUACACAAGAAAAUUAUCCUCUGCGACGAAACCCUAAUUUUCGGUUUCCAAUCCAAGUCUCUUUGAAAUUCUAGGGUUUUCUUCACUUCUGAUCCAUUUACUCUUUAAUCUAGGGUUGGCUGAGAAUCAUUUUACGUUUUGACCUUGUUUUCACUGUCAUAUCUUUAAUUCUGGGGUCUUUCUGGUUUUUGUUAUUUUGUGGACAUUCCUGAACGUCUAGGGUACGUUUUGACCAAGGGUUUUAUUAUCUAAAAUUAGGGUUUUAUUGGUAUAUCUGUGGAAAGUCUUAGGGUUUGCACUGUGUCAGUGUUUGGCUGCUGCUUCUUUUAAAAGUUAGAGAUUAGUCUCGAUCUAGGGUUUUGUUGUUUCGUUGGAGGUAGUAGGGUUGCUCAUCGCUGUUCUGGUACUUUUAUGGUUUGUGAUCCCUUCACAAGUGGGGCUUUUCUCUGAGGCUUCUAUCGCUUUUCUUAAAGCCUAGGAUUUAACUUGAUCUACAGCCUGUGCCAUGGAUUUUACUGGCUUGGUUUUCGGGUUGCUUGUUCUGGUUCCUAUGGUUUACUCGAAUACUGAAGGUGAUGCGUUGUAUACGCUGAGGAGGAGCUUAUCAGACCCGGAUAACGUGUUGCAGAGCUGGGAUCCAACCCUAGUUAAUCCUUGCACUUGGUUUCACAUCACCUGUAACCAGGACAAUCGUGUUACCAGAGUGGACUUGGGAAAUUCUAACUUAUCCGGUCGUUUGGUAUCUGAACUUGGAAAGCUCGAGCAUCUGCAGUAUCUGGAGCUUUACAAAAAUAAUAUUCAGGGGACAAUUCCAGCCGAGUUUGGUAAGUUGAAGAACCUCAUCAGCUUAGACUUGUACAACAACAACAUCUCAGGGGUCAUUCCUCCUUCACUUGGAAACUUAAAGUCCCUUGUCUUCCUACGGCUCAAUGAUAACCAGUUAACUGGGAGAAUCCCCAGAGAGCUUGCUGGAAUCCCUAGCCUCAAAGUUGUAGAUGUAUCGACUAACAAUUUAUGCGGAACCAUUCCCACUACUGGGCCAUUUGAGCAUAUUCCUUUGAGCAACUUCGAGAACAACGCACGCCUCGAGGGCCCGGAGUUGCAGGGACUUGCUGUGUAUGAUACCAACUGCUGAAACUACCACUUUAAUUGAUGGGGGGGGGGGAUCUAAACCCCAAAUGGUGUGGUUAGUUUGGGCCUUUCCUUGAUUACAAGUGUAGCUUUUAUGUAUGUAUCUCUCUCUCACGUGGAUCUUUCCUUGGUAACUGUUUGUAGCAACAGUUAUAUGAUUGUGUAUGUAGAUAUAAUAGGGUUGCGGACUAAAGCCCCAUUUUGACAUCUUGGAGCAAUAUUCCAACUUAUAUCUUUAGUUUUCGUUAUGGUCAAUCGUGAUAAAAGGUGAAAAGAAUUACUCACCAUUGGAAGUAAACAUGUGAGCAAUA